UCCAGUUUGACCAUUGACCCUGUAACUGCAGCCGACUUGGGCAUCUACCAGUGUGUGCUUCACCGAAUCAGCGAUUUUGAGUAUUCGACGGUCAGCGACAAUCUGGGAGUCUCUAUGCCUACUUGGAGCGGUUUUUCAACAGCUCUAGAUGCCGAGGAGGAAUGGGUCUCUGCUAGUGCCUUGUUGGCGCUGCGCUCCGAUCGGGUGGCUCGCUCGGCUGAAGAUUUAGCUCGGCUCGCUCCUCCAUCGCCACUCCCAAUUACUACGCCUGCAAUACCAGAAGAGACCACUCCAGAGUUGACUCCAAAUGCCACUGCCUUCUUUGACAACCUUGCCGUUCAUCUUUCCUGGAAACUGAGCCCUUCUACUGUGAUCAGCGCCUAUACACGUAUCGGCCGCUCCCUCUCCGUUCAACCCGGUAGUUCUUUGACUGGAAAUGGGCCUCAAUCCCCAAAUCAGUCUGGACGUUCAGGUCUUGAGGCUGUACCAGAAAUCGGUUCCGAUUUAGCGGAAGAAUCCGCUUUCGAGCUGACAAAUAUAGUUAGGCCAGAGAACGUUGUAUUUCGUGUCGAAAUGUCGACCAGAAUAUGGCCACCUGCGCAGACCAUGAUGAUGAUGAUGAUGAUGACGACAAUGGUGUCACCAACAAAUUCACUCGGAUUCAAUGAAUCUCCGAUGGUGGCUAGCUCAUCAAUUUCAUCGCCUGAUUCAUUGUCUACUGGUGUAAUCCGAUCAGGUACCGAAACAAAUGGUGGGAACAUGGCAAUGUCACUACUGCCUUAUCGGGGAAACGGAUUAGUUGGUCUACAAGAUUAA